AUGGAAGCAGCUUUCGAUAGGGCAAAACACGAGCGGAAAGGCCGCAACGCUCACAGGCCUCUGACUGCUGCGACAUCCAGAGAUGAUUCAGUCGCAGCCAAUAUGGUAAGGUCACAUCCAGCGAAGGCAAGCGGAGAAAAGAACAUGCGCAACACCGAUAGACUCGAUCCGCCUCGUCAAAUUAAGAAGACGCCCAUCAUUAUCUCAGGCAAGGAGCGAAGUGACCCCGGAUCCAUGGACGAGUCGUUGCAGCACUUCAGAGAACAACCACAGCGCGAAGCUGUACCUCCACAAGAGCCUCAAGGCCAAACGAUCCAACGGCAGAGAAUAACGCGCUCUCACAGCUGCAAGGAAAAUCAGGUCGAGGACUCGCCUGGCGACGUCCGCUCAGGAUCCAGAUCCAGGCCAUCUGAGAACGGUGCCCUGGGGGAGCCUUGGAAAAAUGAUCUUGUGUAUCCAGGACCCGGCAAGAAAUCUGCAACCGUGCCAUUUGAGGACCUGAGACGACUCGACGACGAUGAGUUCCUUAACGACAAUCUGAUAUCUUUCUUCAUGCAGUAUUUGGAGACUUACAUGGAGAAGAACCGCCCGGAGGUGUACAAGGAGAUGUACUUCUUCAAUACGUAUUUCUACGAAGCUCUCACGAAGAACGUCAAAGGGAGAAAGGGCAUCAACUAUGAUGCUGUUAGCCGGUGGACCAAGAACAUCAACAUCUUCAAGCGUAAGUUCGUCGUGGUUCCUGUGAAUGAGAACUUUCACUGGUACCUCGCCAUAAUUUGCAAUCUGUCCUACUUUCUACCGCAGAGAGAAAGUGAGGGCGAGACUGAAGACCGCGUGGAUCAGACUUUUGGAGUGGGUGAAGAACUUCAGUUAAGCGACCAACCGAGCGAGAUACUGGAAAACACGCCGACUCCAGCCACAGAAGAGACGCAAAAGUCGUUGGCAGAAUUAUCCAUCAGUGACAACGACGAAAAGAAUAGUUACGAUACACCCUCAGGUCGGCUGAAGAAGGGACCUGGCCGGCGGAAAGCUAUUCGACGGUCGUUGCCCAAGUACGACACUGAGAAACCUGUCAUCAUCACCCUUGACUCAUUGGGCUCGUCACGUUCAGCGACAUGCUCACUCCUACGCCAAUACGUCGUUGCUGAAGCCACGAACAAGCAAAAUCUGCACAUUGAAUCUUCCGAGUUAAAGGGCAUGACCGCCAAACAGAUCCCUACCCAGAGCAACUUCAGCGACUGUGGUCUUUACUUGUGUAUGUAUCUUGAGCAAUUGGUGGCAGAUCCAUCCCAGUUUGUCUCGAGAAUCCUUCAGCGGCAGGAGGAGGCUCAGCAAUGGCCACGGAGAAUUCGCAGUGAAGACCUAAGAUCGAGAUUGCGGGGGCUGAUUCUGGAGCUGCAUCGGCGUCAGGAAAGCGGCACGGCUACCACGGAGCUACCCGAAGUCGGAAAUAUUAUGAUCGAGAGGGAGCAGGCUUCGUCAAAGCUGGCCGUGUCACUCGAGCCCAGGAUACCACGCACUAAACAAGAGAUCGCGGAAGCGAGACGGAGGUAUGAUAACAUCACCACUGCUCAGCGUCAGGUUCGCGAAGAAGGACACUCGGCGCUGGAGGUGAGGGGAGUGACCACUACCUUGUCAAGAACAAGCCCCACCUUCUCCAGGAGCCUGGCACAUACUGCACGUGAACUUGACGAUCUGAGAUCUGAUAUUGGAGAAGACGAUGACGAACCAGUUAUAGUUUCUGGGACGCAAGCAUCCCAGUACCAGGCUCAAGGACAUCCCAGACACGAGCCUCAUGUCAUGCCUUCAAAGAAGAUCUCAGGCGCCGAAGUUUCCGUCGCUGCGUCGUCUCCACUCGAGCAGGGCGUUGACACCACCCGAGCAAACCCCCAGAUUUCCACGCAUUCAACUCCGGCUGAACUCGCCGCAAAUCUCCGAAAAGACAACGAACUAAGAGAGGCAAGAAGAAACAAAAAACGUCGUCGAAGCAAUGACGAUAGCGAUGAGGAGAGAAGAAAAGUGAAAGAAGCGAGUGCAUCGACCGACUUUCUCUCAGGGCUUGAAAGUUACGCCAUCAACAAUCGUUCUCCGACGCCAAAGAAUGCGCAAGCAGCAGAGUCUCCAAGCAUCCGACACAGUCCUAGAAAAAAGGCUUCCAGGAGGGAAGACGCGAUUAACACUGUGGAUGGAGAUGAUGGGCUGCAGGGAGCCAGAAAGCGCCGGCGCGCCGGAAUGUAUGGACGCGACUCAUCCGGCCGGGUGGCGUGGGCUCAGUAUGAUCUGGAGCUAGAAGUCCCUGAAACUCAGGAGACGACUGAUAGUUUGGCCGGCGCAACAAUGAGAAGAGGGAGGCAAGAAACCGACCCCGAUGAGAACAACGAGAUGCUUCUCCGCUGA